AUGGUACCCCGCAUCUUUUUUAUCACCGGCACCUCCACCGGCUUUGGCGAGGAGCUCGUCAAAGUCGUCCUCAAAAGUGGUGACUACGUCGUCGCCACUGCUCGCAAUAGCUCGAAGUUGGCCUUCGACGGUGCCAACGACUCCAACAGCCUACUAGUCGAUCUCGAUGUCACAGACAAGGAAUCCAUCGACAGAGCCUUUGACGCUACUAUCAAGAAGUUUAAGCGCGUUGAUGUUGUAGUCAACAACGCUGGCUUUGGACUAAAUGGGCCUUUUGAGACUCUGUCAGAGAAGCAAAUUAGGCAGCAGAUGGAGGUCAACUUCUUCGGGCUUAUUGAUGUGACAAGGAAGGCGAUGGAGACGAUGCGCGACUUGGGGACGGGGGGUGUCAUCCAGCAAGUGACUUCAGUUGGCGGUCAGGUCGGCGUUCCUAGCUAUUCCGUCUACUGUGCCAGUAAAUGGGCAGUCGAGGGCUUUACCGAAGCCAUCUCCAAGGAGGUAAAGCCCGAAUGGGGAAUUAAGUUCACCUGUAUCGAGCCUGGCGGCUUCCGAACGGACUGGGCGGGCCGUAGCAUGGACUUCGGCGAAGUUUCAAACCCAGCAUACGACCAUAUUAAUGCACGGGAAAAUGCACAACGCCGCCAUCAUACGCAAGCUGGUGAUCCAGCCAAGGCUGCAAAGGUCUUCUAUGACUUGGCUGUAAUGGAUGAACCACCGAUUCGAUGUGCAGUUGGCACCGAUGCGUAUACGCUGAUCAACAAAAAGCUCGAGUCUUACAACGAGAGCGUAAAGAAGUUCGAGAAGUGGAGUAACAGCACCGAUGUAGAAGGAUACCAGGCGCCGAGCUAG